CACUACGAGCUUGAAUGACAGUUUUUUUUUUUUUUUUGCUAGAAUAAGCCUGUUAGAAAAGAAUACGUUAUUUCCUACCGAUAGAAGAUAAUCUAAAUGUUGUUUGUGGGUGUGGGUCGCCGCAUCACGUGAUUGGAGGUGUCCCUUGACAGCGUGGGAGGGUGUAUGAGGUGGAAAUGGAUUUUUCUGAGGCAUAUACUGAUAGAUGUUCCUCCGUUGGACAUGCGGCUAGAAGGGGUGAUAUAAAAUCCUUGAAGAAACUAAUUAAAAAAGGUUGUAGUGUGGAUGUGCCUGAUAACAGAGGAUGGAUGCCAAUUCAUGAAGCAGCUUCUUCUAAUGCCAGCGGCUGCUUACAACUGCUAAUUAAUACAGCUCCUUCCAGGUCAUACAUCAAAUCCAAGACAUUUGAGAGUGAAACUGCUCUACAUCUUGCUGCUAAAUCGGGCAGUCUUAGGUGUGCACAGCUUCUGCUGCAAGCUGGAGCAGAUCCCGAUGAAGUCACCAAUGAAGAGACAACGGCACUGUUUUUAGCUGUUGAAGGUGGAUAUAUCGACAUUGUGAAGUUGUUGAUCAAAAAUAAAGCCAAUGUUAAUGGGCCUCAUUCAUGUUCAGGAUGGAAUCCUUUGCAUCAAGCAGCUUUUAUGGAACGCACUGACAUCCUGCAAUUACUUCUGGAGAGUGGCGUUGACAAGGAAUGUGAGGAUGACUUUGGGAUAACGCCAGUGUUUAUUGCAGCUCAAUAUGGGAAAUUUGAGAGCUUAAACAUGCUUAUACUGCACGGUGCUAAUUUCAACUGCCAGGCCAAGGACAAGGCGACGCCAUUAUUUAUCGCGGCUCAGGAAGGCCAUGCUAAGUGUGUAGAGCUGUUACUGUCCAAGGGAGCCGAUCCAAACCUUUACUGCAAUGAUGAGAGCUGGCAGCUGCCAAUUCAUGCAGCUGCUCAAAUGGGCCGAUGCAAGAUUUUGGCCAUGCUACUGCCAAUCACAGAUAAAAUAUGUGGCAUCGGGAAGGACAAAAUAAGCCCUAUUUACUCAGCGAUUUACGGAAAACAGGAGGAGUGCUUAGAGAUGUUACUGAAGGAAGGGUAUUGUCCUGAAGCUCAGGAGAGCGCACUGUUUGUAUGUAAAACACCUAUGUGCAUGGUUUUUCACAAAAGGAACUUCAAAAUGGCGCCAUUGCUUCUGAAAUAUGGGUUCAAGCUGUCCAGCUUGUAUUUGUCAAGAUGCCUGGAAUGCGACCAUUUUCCACUGUUUCGCUAUUUUUUAAACAAACACUGCCCGUUGCCAUCAGAAGAUGAGCUUAAUGCUUUUAAGAUGCAUUCAUCUAAAGCCCGGCGUGACUACAAAGAAUGGCUACCCUACUUACUGCUGGCAGGGUUCAGUCCUCUAAAUUUAUUGGACAGCGAGUGGGUUUGUGCUGUAAGUGAUGACAUCCUUAAUUUCACUCUGGAGUUCACUAAUUGGAAGAGGCUUCCUCCAGAUGUGGAUCAGAUAUUGUCCACCCACGCAGGCAGUUCCACCUGGAUUCCACCGGAGCAUUUUGCAUCCAUUCCAACACUUGUGCAUCUCUGUCGCCUUGAAAUACGUUCCCUCCUAAAAAGUGAACAUUUACGGUCCAAUGAAUGCAUAAGUCAGCUACCGCUUCCUCCCUGUCUUCAGGAGUUUCUCCACUAUUCCGAAGUUCUACAAAUGUAUGGCAUAACACGUAGAGAUCUCGAAGAUGAAAUCGUUGCUGAGCCGCAAAAAUGAUUGACCUGCAAUCUGAACAAUAUUAGUGAUGAUUACAACCGACUGAUAUUACACAAUAUUGAAUGUCUGAAGGAAAUCCGUACACUGACAGAGUAUGUCAGCCUAUUUUUAUGUAUAUGUGCAUAGAUUUCAUAAACUUUUUGAGAAUAUA